AUGUUCCCUAGCGCUCAAAUUAAAAUGAGUAUUUCUCUCAGAUUGCUAUCGCCAAGCAGUUCGCCAGCGACGUCGCCCACGAUGUCGAACUCCUCGUCGCCGACACCACCGGCACCCGCGGCACCGGCUUACAACCAGAAGAUGACGGGAAUACCCUGCGUAGCAGCAGCCUCACGUUACACGGCGCCAGUUCACAUAGACGUCGGCGGCACGAUAUACACUUCCUCCCUUGAGACCCUCACCAAGUAUCCGGAAUCAAGACUAGCAAAACUUUUCAACGGUAGCAUUCCUAUCGUGUUGGAUUCGUUGAAGCAGCACUACUUUAUCGACCGAGACGGCGGUAUGUUUCGGCACAUUUUAAACUUCAUGAGAAACUCACGUCUCCUCAUACCGGACAACUUUACCGAUCUGGAUUUGCUCCUCGAAGAAGCCCGAUACUUUGACAUAGCAGCAAUGUGCCGACAACUGGAACAAAUGAAAAAGGAAAGAAUAAAAAAUGGCGCUACAAUGUCAUCGCCAAGUCCGCCGCCUAUCAGUAGUCAAACUGGUCGCGGUGGGGGUGGAAUCGCCACGGCGGUACGAGACGCUGACAAAAGGAACGAGUGUUACGAGUGCGUGGCUCUGCACGUCAGUCCUGACCUAGGCGAACGAGUGAUGCUCUCAGGAGGUCGUGCACUCCUCGACGAGGUUUUCCCGGAAACUACCCAGGCGGUGAUAGACGCGCGUUCCGGAGUAGCUUGGCACCAGCAGGACGCAAGACACGUUAUACGCUUUCCCCUGAAUGGUUACUGCAAAUUGAACUCGGUCCAAGCCAUCACGAGGCUCCUUAAUGCAGGAUUCCGCGUCGCAGCAAGUAAUGGCGGGGGCGUCGAGGGUCAACAGUUUUCCGAAUACUUGUUCGUGCGGCAAGCUAUGAACACCUGACAGAGCACAUCGGAAUUAACGUUGCAAACAGUAACGCCUCCGCCACCGCCACCACCUAGAAAAACCUACAGCGACCUCUUCGUGGGCCGAGCUUCGUAUGAAUAAGUCGGCGGUAAAUUCAAAUUACCAAUUGGAUCUCCAUGGCGUUGCGGCUUGGGAGCAGAAACUGGAACUUGAGAACGUCGGGACCUAACCGCAUCCGGUGUCUUGUAAUAUCCGGUACGAAUUGGAGAAUGAGCUUUGACGGUUAAUCCACUUUUCUCGCGAACGCACGCUACUACAAUUUACCACCUGUGCGGUGGUUUAACUUAACGCCCGGAAUUCUACGCUUACCGACGUCACCGUGUUACGCACCUGUUACGAUUCGGUCCUGGGCUACAAAGGAUUCUUGAAGGGUCCCGAGAUAAGUGGAACUUCGUGAGGGUUCGAUCAUCGAUACUCUGGCCAUUCUUCGGUUUUACGUGAUGCUGAUGGUUUACAUUAAUAAGGAGAUGAAGUCGUGUACUUACUACGGAAUUAAGCGUCAUUCAAAUUUAUGGUAUGUUGGAUAAAUUAUGUAAUAUGGGCAUAAUGAAAAAAUUAUGCUACAAUCUGUAAAUAAUCUUUUACCCAGUAACGUGGAUACAUUAACGAUUCGCAUUAUGAAAAGACUAAAGCUCUAAAACCUUAAUACGAAUCUUUCGUAGAUUUUGAGUAAAUUCACAAGUGACUACCCAAUCGUUAUUCCUAAGUUUCAUUUUCGUUACUAGUAUAAGCUGUACCUAUGUAUUUAAAUGCCGUACUAAUGGCUGUAAAUAAAAUAUCGUGUAUCUAUAUUUACAUAUAAUAAUACAAUGUUUACAUAUAAUGUUAAGAUUUCGACAACGAAGCGACGCGCAUCGAUCUCAAUCGUCCCGGCUGAUAAAGGAUUAUUAAUAAAUAAUAAAACAAAAAGGAAAAAAAAAUAUAUUAAACAAAUCGCCGUCGCAUUCUCAAAAACUCAUUUCGAUUAUUAUCAAAAAUCACCUUCCAGAUAAGCGUCUCGUUAUCUAAGAUAGACAUACAAAUAUGUGCUGAUUGAAAUAAAACGUUUAUUACCUUC